AUGUUGGUGGGGGAUGCUGCAGGCCUCACGAUCGCUCAGACAGUUGCGCAGUUCACGGUGAGCACGGUGCCGGCGCUGGCUUCGCUGGCGGGCCGGCCUGCUCGAGCCGACUGGGUGCUCGAUGUCCAACAGCGAGCGGGCUCGAUCGGGUCGGGUCACGUGCGCGACUGGUGGCUCGAUUUCGCCUCCGACAACUGCCUCAACUUCGCAGGGCAGCUGUUCGCGCGCGGCGCCACCGACGACGACGACGUGCACCUGGAGUCGCCCCGCCGGCGGCAUCAUCACCGAGAUCGUGUGGGCGCGCUACGGCCGCACUCGGAGGGCUCGUGCGAAGACGGCCCCACGACGCUCACGGUGCACGACGAGUGCGAGGCCCUGCCAGACAUCGUCAAGAAGCGCGUGGCGAGCGCGUGCGUGGGCAAAACGAAGUGCACGGUCCACGCCAUCGACACGCUCUAUGCCGAGGAAGCGGGCGAGCCAUUCCUGUGUCCCUACGGCGUGGAGCAGGUCGAGUGCCGCGAGGACCGGUCGCUGCUGGCCGAGCGGUCGAGCCGGCGGCAGGCGCGGCACGAGUCGCGCGAGCACCACGCGCAGGCGCACAUGGCGCCGGUGACCUAUGCCGGCACGGAGGACCACCACUUCAAGUCGACCAUGGUGCGCCACCGCACGGAGCCCUUCUUCCGCCCGCGCCGCGACGUCAACAGCAGCAGCAACAAUGGGAGCGAUCCGAGCAUGGGAUGCAGCUCGGAGCCGCGGGUGAAGAAGGCACUCAUGGUGCAGGCCCGGUGCAAAGAUGCCAACGCGGCGUUCAAGCACACGGACACGCCGGCCAUAGCCAAGAAGAUGGUGAUGGCAAGCGCGAGCGGCGACUUGGACAACGACUGGAAGGACGAGGUGGUGACGCUGUUCGGAUACGAGGGCGGCGCGCUGCACGCCUCGUUCACGGCGGUGGGCGCCAACGGCCAGCCCACGACGACGGUGGUGCGCGACCUCGCAGUGGGCGGCGGGAGCGCGGUUGUGCUGGGCGAGGGCGCGCACAUCGAGAUGGCGACGGGCGACUUUGACAACGACGGCUACCCCGAGCUGGCCUUUGCCUUUGUCGACGGCGCCAGCGGCGGCGCGCUCAAGGUGUUCUUGUGGGAUCUGCGCGUGCAGUCGACGGCGGUGUGGGGCAGCAGUGUGGCCAAGACGAGCCGGGAGGACCUGCAGCCGUGCUACGCGUGCUUCACGGACAUCGCCAAGCUGCGGGGCCUGUUCGCCACGGCGGUCGAGGUGGCGGUGCCGGGGAUGCCGUCAUUCCCGAUCGUGCUCACGGGCGCGGCGGCGACGGCGGCCGGUGUGGAGAGCGGGAGCCGGCUGGAGGCGGGCGGGUUCGGCUACUCGCUGGCGGCGGCCAAGGUCAACGCUCUGCCCUCCAUGCUGGCGGUGGCGUGGAUCGCCGAUCGGAGCGCGGUGUCGUGGGCGCUCUUCCGGCAGACGUCGCAGUCGUCGGCGGCCAUGGUGUCGAGCUCGCCGUACUCGCUGGUCUCGCUGCGGCAGCCGCACGCCGUGGCGGUCAACCUGGGCGACUACGAGGGCUCGGGCUUUGCCGAGCUGGCGCUGGGCAUCGUGGACGACGACGAGCUCACGCUCUACCUGUACAGCAUCGACGAGCUCACGCCCGCCACGCUGCCCAUGGCGCUCCAGAAGACGCUGCCCAUCACCGCGGCGCCCUGGUGGCACACCGCCCAAUACAACGUGCGAAUGGUGUCGGGCGACCUGAACAACGACGGCGACGACGAGCUCGUGGUGGCGUUGACCAGCGCGACGGAGGGCAGCGGCAGCCAAGCAGACGUGUUCCGCGUGGACAGCGCGACGUGCUUCCGGCUGGCGUGUCUGGAGCUGGUGGGCAGCUUUGCCUUCACCCUCCCGAGCGGUCCCACAGUCUCGGCCUCCACCUCCGCUGCUGUGGAGGGCAUCGUGGCCGAAGCGACGACAGGGACGGUGGAGUACACCACAACAACCACGAGGAGCCCCGAGAUCAAGCUCGCCAUUGGCAACGUGGACGAGAGCUACGCCAACGAGCUGCUCGUGGCGUUCGAGUACUCGCCCACGAUAGACUCGGGGUCGCCCAAGGUCAUGCUGACCAGCCUCACGGCGCAGCCCGACCCCGAUCGGCCCUUUGUCAUCAACGGACGGCAGUGCUACGCGGGGCCGGCCUACCAGCGGGACGAAGAGGUGGCGGCCGCCACGGUGAACAACAUGGCGCUGAGCGUGGGCAACCUGUACGGCCUGGGCUACCGCGUGGGCGAGUCGAUCAAGGUGCGCUUCGAGAGCGUGCCGGAGCUCAUCGCCGUCAUCAACGCGCCGCCCACGCACUUUGACAUUGUCGACGGCAAGGAGGUGGUGGUCAACCCGCGCACCUUCAACGGCUACGGCUCCUCCACGCGCCUCUCCGACGCCGAGGGCGUCACGUCGUCCUUCGAGAUCUCGCGCGACCAAGUCCACAUCACUUCGCACGCCAAUGGCGAUGUAAUGGAUGUGCUGGUGGCAGUUGUGAUGGCGAAUAUUCACACCCAGUCGGUGGAGAUGAAGAAGCGGUCGGAGGCGCUGGGCCAGUCGACGGUGGAGCGCAUCACGGUGUCGCGCGAUCUGGUGGCGUCGGGCGACGACGUGGUGCUGUACAUGUCGACCACGCGCGACCUGUGGAAGUUCCCCAUCGUGGACCAGAACGGCGCGCAGGUCGGGUCGCUGGACAUCUGGGCGUCGUCGAGCUGCGGCGAGGACUGCGUGCAGAAGGGCGACGGGCGCGACCUGUGGUGGUUCACGCCCGACCACGAGCCCUUCAACGUGCUCACCUAUUCGUCGCGCGCGCCCGAGGACUUCAACCCGGUCGACCGCAUCAUGGUGGGCGAGAAGGUCACCCUCGGCCCCAACGAGCACCAGCAAUCUGUGAGUCAGCACUCGGGAAAGACGGAGAAAAAGGUCGCGCUCGACCAUGCCACCACCGAGCUAGCGUUGUCCGCGCAGUAUGGUAUCGACGCUCAGCUGUCCACCUUUGCUUCGCUUGCCCCCCUGGGCGUAGGCACUACGCUGAAGGUGCCGCUCGGUUUCAAGUUUGUGAAAGCCUGGACGACCAGCCAGGACACGAAGGAUGCCAGCGACGCCAUCACCGUGCAUGAGGCGGGAAUCGAGCGCGACGUGUCGGUGGUGUGCUACGUGGAGCCCAUCAACCCGGAGCACGCCUACCGCGUGCAGCCCUUCGUGUGGAUGGCGCGCGCGCCGGACGGCCGCGAGUACCUCAAGGUGGACUACACGGCCGAGCCGGGCUACUACCCGGGCGUGUCCACGUGGUGGGAGCGCACCUACAGCAAGCCCGACCCGUCGUUCAACCUGCCCUGGUGGUGGACCACGUUCAAGCGCGACCGCACGAUGCUGACCAAGGAGAUGGUGGCCACGCCGGCGGUGCCGCGCGAGGAGGGCGACGUGGUCGAGGUGGCGGUGACGGUGCGCAACAAAGCGCUCGUGGACGCGCGCAACGUGAAAGUGGCGCUGUGGCGCGGGAGUCCCGACAACUGCCUCGACGAGGCGUGCCUGCUCGACGACAACGCCCUCAUCGGAAUCGAGGAGGUGGGGCUGAUUCCGAGCCAGGGCAAGCGCGAGGUGUGGUUCCUGUUCCGCUUCGACGGCGUGCAGAACAUCCACGCGACCAUCGACGACAACGACGAGCUCGACGAGAUGCACGAGGACAACAACCACGCCUACAGCCUCUUGUUCCACGACAUGGCCAACAGCGGCUACACGCUGCAGACCCUGCGGCUCGACCCUGCCAUCGCGGUGAGCCCCGUGGUGGCGAGCGAUGGGAGCGGGUUGACGAUCGGGUACCAGGUGAAGGCGACGGUGCUGGGCGACACGUUCACGCGGGCCAACGUGCUCGUGCAGCUGUGGCACGGCGGCGUGGGCGGCGCCGGCCGUCUCAUCGGCACGGUGCUGGUGCCGCGCGUGAACGGCUCGACGACGACGACGACGCGCUACGAGGUGUCGGUGUUCUGGGCGACGCGCAAUCCGGCGCUGUUCGGCAAGCAGGAGCUGCACGCGGUCAUCCUGCACUCGGGCUUCUCGACGGAGGCGGCCAACGUGAUCUCGCACGUGUCGCGCACGGUGAGCGUGGCGUGCUACGGGCGCGUGGACGCGUGCGGGGUGUGCGGGGGCAACAACGGGACGUGCGGGGGGUGCGACGGGGUGGCGCUGUCGGGCAAGACGGUGGACGUGUGCGGAGUGUGCGGCGGCACUGGAUCGACGUGCUGCAUUCCCAAGCCGGCGCAGGCCCAGUGGCACUACGUGCGCAUCGACCACCACCACCACGACCAGCUUCACAACAACCAUGACAACCUCAACGGUAGCGGCAACAGCACCAACGGGUCCAGCACCGCUGCUGCCAGCGACUCGUCGUCGUCGUCGUCGUGGUCAUCGAUAGUGACGCGGGCGCGCGUGGGCGACCUGGUGGUGUGGGAGAACCUGCUCGACUGGAAGGUUGAUAUCGUGAGCGGGGCCUACGACUACAAGCACGCGCCGGCGCUCGAGCUGUCGCGGAUGACGACCCAGCAGGGCCACGCCCUCGAGCAGCAGCUGGGCAACCUGCCCGACGACGAUGGCGCUCUCAACGCCUUCCUCAAGGAGUACGUAUCAACGAUGUGGAUCAAGGAUCUCGUGGAGCAGUCGACGCCUCCAGGAGGCAGUCCUGCCGUUGCCCCGCCUGCGCCCGACUCCACGUCGGCCUAUCUCCGUCGGUCCACCGCCGGCGACAGCGAUGACCGACCGCAGCAGAACCAGGAGUCCGCCGACCUGUUCCCCGGCUGGAGGACGACUAGGCCCUCGGGCAGUGCGUCGUUCGAAGUCCGAAAGCGCAGCCAACAGGCUGAGGAGGGGGCCGAUGAGGAAUUUGCGAUGGGCGGCGAGGCAAUCGGCUACGACACCACGAUGACGACGAUGGUAGACGAAGAGCCGGCGCCGGCGUCGUUUGAGCACCUCCUUCACGAUGUCACGCACAGCGCCAAUCUGGCCGGGAUGCGCUGGUCCAGCGCCAGCGACCGCUCGCGUCUGCGCGCUUCGGUGGUGGCGAAGCUCAUAGCACACAAGCAGCGGCUCGAUCACGUGGCAGGGCUCGUCAACUCAACUGGCGGCAUGCCGCUCCUUCCGGAAGAAAACCAGAUGCGCCAAGUCGCGGCCGCGAGGUACGAGGAGGAGGCGAUCUCCUCACCCGAUGUUCGCUGCCUCUGCCGCCGGACGUCGUCGUCGUCGUCGUCGUCGCGCUCGAGCGAGCAAUGUUCCGCGGAGGACGCCUUCUUCCAGCGCUGCGUCAACCCGCUGACCCCGGACUCCGGGGUCGUCUUCCCGGGGCUCUUCAACUUCGCGCCCAUCGUGACCAGGCCCGACGGGCCGUCGGCGGUGCUGCCGCCGGGCGCGGCGAGCGCUCCGCACCGGUUCUUCAGUCCGGGCCUCUACCUGUGGCACGACUCCCACAACCCGGCGAUCCACGGCGUGGUGCUGGUGGCGCCGUCGGAGCUCGUGGCGGACGAGUGCGGCGUGUGCGGGGGCGACGGCACGUCGUGCCGCGACUGUCAGGGCACCCCGUUCGGCACGGCUCGGGUGGACGCGUGCGGUGUGUGCGUCGACCCGAUGGCGCCGGGCUACGCGCCCAACCCGGCCAUCGACUGCGCUGGCGUGUGCUACGGCGCCGCCAUGCUGGACGCGUGUGGCGAGUGCGCGGGCGGCACCACCGGCCGAGCGCCCGGUGCGUCGAUGGACUGCCUCGGUGUCUGUCACGGAUCCGCCGUGGUCGACUGCAGGAACAUAUGCGGCGGCCCCUACCAGGUCGACUGCGCGGGCGUAUGCGGCGGCUGGGCCGUGAUGAUUGAUGGCGUUUGCUCCUCCUCGGGAAAACGUGGCCUGGAGGAGGAGGAGGAGGAGGAGAAGAAAGCGGGCGGAUGCGAGGACGGGGCCGUUGCGGACUGCAAUGGGCGUGUGCAACGGGUCGGCGCGUUUCAAUCCGGCGAGGACUACUGGGUGGACUGCGCCGACACGUGCCGCGGCACGGCCUACAUCGGCGACUGCGGCGUUUGCGUCGGCGGCCGCUCUGGUCUUUGGCCGAACGAGCACAAGGACUGCCAGGGGACGUGCUUCGGCAACGCGACGCGCGACGAGUGCGGCGUGUGCUUCGUGGAGGGCGACGGCCACCACGUGGUCAAUUCGGGCAAGGACUGCACGGGCGUGUGCGGCGGCAAGGCCGUGGUGGACGAGUGCGGCGAGUGCGUGCUGGGCACCACCGGGCGCGAGUUCAACAGCGCCAAGGACUGCGCGGGCCAGUGCUUCGGCGGGCGCCUCCCCACUGACCCGGCGUGCGUGUGUGAGCGCGAGGAGCUGGACAAGUGCUUCGUGUGCGGCGGCGACAACUCCGCGUGCGCGGGCUGCGACGGCGUGCCCAACUCGGGCGCGGUGCACGACCUGUGCGGCGUGUGCGGCGGCGACAACUCGACGUGCUGCUUCCUGCCCUUCGCCCAGACCACCGUCCUCAUCCGAGACUUCGAUACCGUGGUCCUGCCCAACGCGCUCGACGCCGGCGAGACCCUGCUCGUCACCAACCAGCACCUUAACUACCGCUACACGUUCCGGCUCGUGAAGUUGACAUCGGACAGCAAGGCCAAGGCGGUUGCUCGGGUUGGCGCCACGGAGCCGGGCGAGUACCUGCUCCAAUCGGCCAAGCGUUCGGCCGUGUCGAUCCAGUUCAGCGUGCGCUUCAACCGCAAGGCCCGCGACAGCUGCGGUCGCUGCGUCUACGCCGACGCCGAAACCGGGAACAGCAACCGCGCGGCGUACGACCGCUGCUGCGAGGUCAUGGAGUCCAAGGACGACGUGCACGCGUGGUUCGAGACCACCCACUUCCACGAUUCCGCGGCGGACCCGGCGGCGGUCACCCGCGUGGCGCCGCGCACCGGCGCCUACAGGAGCGCGCCGGCCAGACACCUGCUGCGCCUGGUGGAGUCGCAGGCUGUGGACGCGCGGACGUGGCGCGCCGCUGAUCAGCGGCUGGCGGUGGGCGACGUGGUGGUGCUCGAGAACCGCGACCUGUUCGACCACGUGAUCUCCAUCACCGGGCCGCAGCCCAUGCCCGACGUGGUGCUCGACCGCGGCAUGGUGGCCCUGGUGGGGCCGGUGCUCACGCCGGGCACCUACCGCGUGGAGUCCAGGAGCAACCUCAUCAACACCACCUUCACGGUCGAGUUUGACUUUGCCUGCACCGUGCACGUCACCCACGCCAAGGAGGUGCAGCCGCAGGGCGGGUACCGCACAGCGGUGCUGGGCGUCACCCUGGUGGGCAUCUUCGCCCUUGCAGCACUCGUGGCUGGGGCAAUGGUUGUGUUGUACCUGACAGCCCAGAGGUAG